CUUUUCAAACUCUAGCCAUUGAAAGAGACAGGAUGAGGUUCAACGCAGUCCAAGUGCUCUACAUCUUUGAGACUUUAACGAGCUCUUCUUGUCUUAGUUGCACUGAUUUCCAGCACUGAUUUGGGUAAAUUCCUUUCCAUACAAAUAUGAGAGUUUCUACUUCGUCAUCUCUCUCAUUGGUUCGAGUUCUUCCACUUGUCAUGAAUAUUUAAGCGUUUUGUCACCUUGAUAAACUGCAUGAUUACGAGAAGAUAUCAUUACAUUCCAAGUCACCAACAAUGUCAACAACUCCUCGGCCCCAGGCGCAAACUCCCAACUCUCGGGGAUUUACGAAUGGAUGUCCUUCACUCCCUCCAGUUCCCAAGCCCAUUAUACCAUCCAAACGAUCAGAAGAUGACGAUAUUCAGUUCAUUUCAUCAAACCCUGUGAAAAGGCAGCGGAUGAGCCAAAAUGGCCAGCAUAGUCAUCCCAACCAAGACCCAGGUGUUUGGCAACAUAAUAUUCCCUCGGUGCCCAUGACUCAAACGCUGCCCCUUUCUGCCAUGCCGCCUGUUGAGAUUAGAGAUAAUGAUAGACGCAUUAGUACAGGAAUGGUCGGUCUUCCCUCUGACUUUCAUGCAUUAGAGCUCAGUUGUGCCCUAAGAGGUGUAUCGCUCCCUGUAUUAGAGAAAUUUGCGCUCAACCAACCUCUUCGCAAACCGAGACCUUUGAGCCCGCCUGAACUUUCGCCUAAGCAAUUACCAUGCACAAUCGCGCCGGCAAUGCUAAGCAUUAACACUGGCCAUAGUAGUCCUGGAGUCUCUAGUACCCAGACAGCGCCUGUGGCAUGUAUGACACCUAGUGAGGGUUCCCCUGAACCGAAAACCCCUACCCAUGUUCUAUCGACUCCUAGUUCAGUUAUCGACAAACCUCCAGUUCUCAAUGCUUCGGUCAAACACGCAAACACCGAGUGCCCGCCACUACCUAGUUCUCUCAAAAAUGCAGCUUCGAAACCUUCAGCAAUGCCGCCUCCUCCAAUACCAAGACCAGAAUUGCUAGCAGCCUCUAGAACCACUACAAAGGCUGAUUUUACUCCAUCCAAGGCCGUCCCUCAUGAUACCGCUCGAACAGGUACAGCGAAACACCCAUGUCAAGUAUGUACUAGAAUACGACACCAAGCGAAUAUUGCCAAGACUCAGGGGCUUUCAAUGCUGCAUCAUAAUAUGCCACAUCACAUGAUCCCGCAGAUGACAUGUCACCAACCAUACGGGCAACAAUUUCCUCCUCAGGUGAUGGCUAUGGGUCCUAAUAGCAUGCAUCCCCUUAGCUCUGGCUUUUCACCAAUGAUGAUGCCACUCAAUAGUAGCAACUUUCUUGCCUACCCAUCCCCUACGCCCAGUCCAGUGCAUAGCCCAGUGCACGUUAGUCAACAAAGCAAAGAGACAACAAACUCUCCAAAAGCCCCUGAAAAGCCUGACGAUCAACCUCGACCCUCAUCACCUCCAAUAGCAGAAGCUAAUGGGCCACCUACGACCUCAAAUUCGGUGAAGCCACCUGCAACUCUCAUCCAGCCCACGUAUCGCAAGACCUCACCGAACCUAAUAGUAGACGUGGCAGAGACAUGCCAAGAAAGGUUCCCUUUCGAGGAAGUUGCCAAGAGACACAACGUUCCGGUUGAGAAAGUUUUUGACGUUUUUGCAGCCAUCAUCCAGGUCCCGCUCCUGCGAUGUCCUACUGAUAGGCGAAGAGCAGGGAGGCUUGCCACUACACGAGUCAAAGAGUACACAAGGGCGAAGAAAGCAAUCCUAGAUACCAGUAGUCAAAACAUCUCAGAUCCUAAAGAAGAAAUGGUGGUAACACCAGCGGAGAUUGCUAAUCACAUGGGCCAGGUGGACUUCCCUGAUGGAUUUAAUCCUGGAGGUUAGUUCUGACGAAUGUACUAGAAAUGACUUUCAUUGUGGAUAUCACAAAGUUGUAUGCUUAGAAGAGUACCUAUGAGUUUCUAUUACCUACCUACCUGGUAUG